AGGACGUAACGCGUACUUGUCACCUCCAUCCAUGGAUUUUCUCGGCUGGUAUUGGUUUAUGGCACAAACAAAUGACGCUUGAGCUGAGCCUUGUGGUGUUACUGCAUACGCUCUACUUGGGGAGUAUACGUUGUCAUACAAACGGUGGAAUGGGUGAGAAAGCGGUCCGCCCCUCUCGGCCGGUGUGGACCCUUUCGGCUCGAGCGGCUGCCGAUCCUUGCAGACGCCUCUCUCCUAUUCGACGUACUGUCGACGAUCCCACCAAGUUCAGGAAUCAUGGGAGGUAUAGAAUAGUGGAUGAUUCUGCCUCAUUCCACCACAACAAACACAAGCCCUCUAUUUCACGCAUCCCAGCACGUCCAUCAGACCGCAGCCUGGUCAAGACCAGAAAUAUGUUGAGUCGACUUCUCGCGCUGCGGUCGUCCGACCAACCAAUGGAGCGUCAGAGGCGAAAACGAUGGUUCUACAUCUGGAUUUUGCCCUUUUUUUCCCUUCAUACUGGACCUUGAAACACAAGCUCUAUCGACGCAUUGCCCUUGUCAUCCUGUGUGUCAGCUUAUUCAUUGGACUUGGAACCUAUCAUAUUUUCCCAGCUGAGACUCAGGAGUUUAUCGACCGCGUCGAGAUAGAGUAUCAAGCACGUCUAGGAAGCUUAUCGGCGUUUCCCCUCUCAGGUGGCUUUUCGUUCCGCCCAAAGCAUGGCAUAGGAAUUUUGAUCGAAGAAGGGAGACGCAAGUGGGAAGAGAAACUUGCGCGACAGAGCCAGACGCUAGAUCAGGCUGUCGCUGAGUACAGACGACGGUACGGAUUGGAACCACCAAAUGGUUUCGAUAAGUGGUUCGAUUUCGCUCGGGGAAGCGACUUCAAACUCAUUGAUGAGUUCGACGCGAUUCACCUCGACCUCGCACCAUUCCGCCGACUCUCCUCCCAGGAGCUCCAACACCGGACUCAAUCCGCUGCACUUCAAGAUACUACGUUUGGCGUGAAGAUCGAGGAUGGAUGGGCCACUGUCACGGACGAGAUCAGGCCAGGUGGGGUGAAGAAGGGUGAUAUAGGGAGAGCCCAGGGGUUCCUGCAGAGCGUGCAGGGAUUUAUGAGCGAGCUUCCGGAUAUGAUGUUUGCCAUUUCCGGCCUGGCGGAGCCGACCGUUUACCCUACGUGGGAAGUCUCUCAGCCCCAUAACUUCAGCGCAGUGUUAGAAGACGCCAGUGACUACGUGACCCAAAGCAACAACUUCCCUCUAUGGUACAAAUACACCAACACGUGUCAUCCUGCCGACCCUGUCCGUCGGAGGCCUCAUGAGUUCAACUUCCCUAAUGCAACAUCCAUCCUCCCUCCAACAAAUUUCGACGCUAUAUCAACAGAAACUGGGAACGCAUUUUCUAACUUUCGAGAAAGAACCGAGAAAGAUCUCGAUUUUUGUAAACACCCGGAAAAAUUCUACCAAUUCGGGCACUUUUAUGCCGGCUGGUCGAUAUUCAAUGAGACCUUUCCGGUGUUCGGGCCUGGGAAGGCUCCAGGAUCUAUGAAUAUCCGCAUCCCGUCAUACUACUAUAUCGUCCCUCUUUCAAAGUACACUUACGGUUUCGAUGAGAUUCUAGGGUACGGUCAAGAUGAUGAUCCGAACGAUCCUGACUGGGAUGACAAGACCGGAACCAUGUUCUGGCGCGGAGCUACCACUGGAGGCGGUUCCAUACCCAGCGGGAGGUACCCAUACUACGUUCGUCAUCGACUCGUGCAAUUAGCGGUUCAGGAUAACCCGUCUUCUCAACUUAUCCUCCACCGCACGGGCCAGCGAAUGCCAGAAACCUGGACUGAGUCCCGCAUCGACGUUAACACGCUACGCACAACUGCGAUGGACGUCGGAUUUACAAUGGCUGUUCAAUGUGCGCCUUACGAACCGGGCGGAUGCGAGGGGAUGAUGGAAGAUUAUAAGUUUGUGGACGCGGUCCCGUUACAUGCAGCGUAUAAGUCUAAGAUCCUGCUGGAUCUCGAUGGCAUGGGCUACUCUGCUCGUUCACUAGCUCUUCUGGCCAGUAAGAGUGCUCUAGUCAAGUCGACUAUUUAUGCCGAGUUUUUCGAUGACUGGAUUCAGCCAUGGGUGCACUUCAUCCCCCUCAGUUCUACGUUCGAGGAGAUCUUCAAUAUCUGGGCGUACUUCGUCGGUCCCGGUGAAGUAUACGACUAUUCCGGGGACGCCGCUCUCAAGUCUAUCGCUGACGCUGGCAGAAGAUGGAAGCGCGAGCACGCGCGGAUCGUCGAUAUGGAAGUGUAUACCUAUCGGUUGUGCCUUGAAUGGGCUAGGCUGUGGUAUAAGGACGAAAGGGAUAUGGACUAUUCUCCCACCACUGCGAAUGACUUUGAGGGCGAUGAAUGA